AUGGACAUGAAAAAGAUUGCUAAACACAAGACACUGUGGAAAAUGAACUCAACCAGUGAACCUUUAUUAAUUACUGGUGUAGAAGACCAUUCUUUGAAAAAAUUUACCAUUCCCAAGAUCAGGAGGACGUCUAGGAAAGUUUACUUAUCACCUUGUUUCACCAAUACUAGAGAGUACAGUUUCAUACACGAUACUCUUAACCAGUGCCGGCUUGAUGUAAGUUGUGAUCUGCAGUCCUCAUGGCAGUUUGGGGAUACAAAACUGAUUCACAAUGAAGAUCUGGAAAAAAAUUUUACUUCUAAGAGGUCAGAGAUGCGUGAAAAUGGAAGACAUGGCAGAGAACUUGAAGAACAUUUCUGCUUUUUAGCACUUCCUCAGAGUGAUGUGGCUGAGAUAUAUUAUAAUGGGAUAAGUAGCAAAGCAUCUGCAUUGAAGAUAUUAGGAAAUCCUCUUCUUGGAAUUUAUAUAUUUAGACAUGUUGAUGUUGCAUUGAAUUAUGCUCACAGUAGAAGCAUUAAUGUAGAAAGUAUUAUAGUUUUUAAGGUUCUUUUUGGAAAAGUGAAGAAAAUUCAGCCUUCGGUGGAUAAAAACAAAGUUUCUUUGGAUCCUUCUCCUAACUUUGAUUGCCAUAUGUCAAGAAAUACACCUUCUCCAAAAGAUACCAUUGAGCUACAAGCCUACAAUUCAGCAGUAUACUUCUAUGAAUACGAUGUUUUUUCAAACCCAGUAGACAAACCUAGGCAGUGUCUUCCAUAUGCAAUAGUAACAGUAAAAUUUAUUGGUCAAAAAGUAGGCAAUGGACACCUUAUGACAUCUUUGAGAUUCCUUUCAACAGGAUUUCCUAAGAGAGCUGAAAGGACAUGCUGUCUAAAUAACUGUACAGUGGCCAAAAGAAUUGGAAAAGGAAAAGAUGCUACUAUCAUCUUUGAGCAUUUCAGAAAACCUGUAGAUCUGUUUGUUCAGGAAAAUUGUUCAUGCAGUGCACUAAGUUCAGAGAUAAAUUCUUCCAACUCAAAUACUGCUAAUUCCUAUGAAAAUGUGCAAAAUGGAGACAUUUCUGUAAUUGAAACACACAGUGGACAGAUGAAGCACAAUUUAACACAAUGUAAAGACACUUCUCAAGUACAAGCAGAUGAUUCAGGUCUUUCAUUUAUUUCCAGUGAUACCAAAGAAAAUGUUAAUGGUGACUUGUUAAAUUUGACGCAUCUUAAAAAUGUUUUAAGUGGUCUUCCUGCUACUUUUCAUAACAAUAUUGGCUCAAGCACAGUUAUUACUUCAAAAUUCAUCAAAGACCCAAGACUUAGGAGAGAAGAAAGUAUAGAAAAACAUAAUAAUAUUACAGGUUUAAAUAACAUUUUGCCAUUUAAAAAGAGUUUAGAUUUUGUUAAUUCAGGAAUUAACCUCACUAUGCCAACUAAUUCUGCCUCCUCAUCUAAAGUCAUGCCUGGUGAUGAUGCUAUUCUUACUAAUUGUUCGGAUGCACCUUGCUUCAAAAUUUCUUUUGAUGAUUCACAAGCUCAGGCUCACAACAUGGGCUCUCAGGACAGUGAUUAUUAUACAACUCCCAAUAAAAUUACUAUGGCAGGACAAUGUCAGGACCAAGACAAUUUUUCUUUCCCUAUGUGUUUGUCAAAUGGAGUUCCAGAAGUUAAGAACCAAAAACACAGUGCGGAAAAACCCCAGAGAUCUCAACAGAGAAGUAACAUCCCACUUUUAAUUGAACAAAAUAGUGAGCCACAUAACUCUUAUGAAUCAGUGAAUAUUUGUACAAAAGGAUAUAACAAUCACAUUUCUCAGGAAUUAGAGUCUUCUAAUUUAAAAACUACAUGUCAGACUAAUCACCAGAUGUCUGCAGUUUUUCAGUUCCAAAAGGAAAAAAGUAUACAUGAGUACAUUCAAAACAUUGGAAAAGUGAGAAACUUCACUGGCCUAGAAGAUGGUUCCAAACACGUAGCAAAGCAAAAUUUGUGGGGAAAGAUUGAUAAUUAUUGUACUAACGAAACAAAAAUCAGUCCAACAGAUAAUAGCAUUUCUUUGCACCAAGAAUACAAAGAGGAUAAGAGUCUUAAUUAUUUGGAGGGAAAAUGUGAUCAAAGAUUAAUCCCUCAGGAGUUAGAAAUAUCAAAAUCUUCCACACCUACCACAAAUUAUGAGCUACAUUAUCUACCAUUGGAAUUACAAAAUAAUCUUACUCCAAGAGUGGAGAGCCUUUCACAAAAGCAUCCUCAACACUGUUUGGAGAAUGAAGAUGACGUUCAUAGCAAUUUUGCCAUUUCUCAAAAACUAAUGGAACUGAAAUUAGAAAGAACAAAUCAAAACUGUGUUAGCAUUAUAACCGAUGCUUUCCAGGAAGCAAAAGACAUUUCCCAAGUCAAAGACCUACCAAUGAAUGUAGUUAUAUUAUCUCAUGACAUUAAAAUAGCUCAUGACAAUUCAGAUUGCAGCAUGGCAAGAGAACAUACAUGUAUCAAUAGAAAAAAUAAAAAUGAUCCAAUGUUAUUAGAAAUGAUUCAGAGAGACUUUGGAACUUCUCAAGUUGACAAUAAAGGUCAAGGUCAUACUCUGUUUUGUAAUGAACAGUUGAAUAGUGAUAUACACCUCACUGUUAGUUUCGAAGAACAAAGAGAUGAUAAAGAAAACCUAAAUGAGGCUAAAGGGAAAGACAUUGUUUCAUCUACAGAAAACAACAUAGAAAAUAUAUGCAGAAAUGAGAGGCAGGGUUUUCAUACAAACAAAAGUUUUAUUAUAGAUGAAAGAUGGGAGAAUAAAAAUUACAAUAAUGUAGAAAUUCUGAGCUCUGAAGAAUUUACUACAUUUAAUUUGCCUCAGGGGGAAAAAUAUGUAUCAAAAGAAACUACAUUAUUAGAAACUGAAGAUACUCUCACUGCCAUAAAACAAAAAGAUAUACAAAAUACUGUAAGGAGUAUAAAGCAUCCCAAUAUUUGCAAAACCUCAGGUUCUUCAGAGCAUUUAGCCUCAAAUGCUAUAUUACAGAUGGAUGAUACUGUAGUGCCCACAUUAGAAACAAAUGAAGAUCACCAAAGAUACAAAUUUAAACAAACUUGUUCUGAGAGUCCAGAUUUGGGGUUAGUAAAAUGUAGGGUUUCUGACUAUGAAAUGCAUAUGGAUAAAAAUAAAUCACACAACUCAUUUCAUAAGUCAAUAGGUGAUAAUGUAGUUCUUCAAAGUAUUGAAUUGGAAAGUGAGAUUGAAGUAGUAUCAGAAGAGUGUGAUGAUGCUUUUCCAUCUCAACAAGACACUCAUAGCCAUGAAAAUGCACUGUAUGAAGAGUUUGGGGCAAUAUAUGAGGAACUGAAAUCUCGUAUUGAUUGGGAAAGUCUUCUAGGAAGCAGUAAUGGGGAGAAGGAAGUUUUGAGAAGCACCACAAGAAGGGAGCAUAGUGAUCAACAUUACUCUGAUUAUGCCUCUACACAAAAAAACAAAGCAGAGCUCUUCAACCCAAUUUUACUUCCAGAUCUACAAAUUACAAUUACUAAUACACUUACGCCAGGAAUCAGUUCCACUGUUAAGUCCUUUUCAUUGAAGGAUAGUAUUUGCAAAUACAUGACUGAAGCCACAAAACCAGAAAUAAGUGAAGAGGAGGGGAAAGUUCCUGGAUUUGAAAUGUACUCCCAGUGUUGUGAAAAUUCACGUUACUCAUUUGCAGAUGAAUUUGGUAAUAUAAAGGAAGAAUCUGGAAUAGUGAGUGAAUCUGGAAUCUCACUUUCUUUUGACUUUAGUGAUAAUAUACACAUGAAUCAUAUGUCUAAAGAACAAAGCAGUGGACCUCCGCCUAUUGAAUCUCCAAGUGUCACAAUAAACAAUGAAUCCAGAUGUUCCCUUACAAAUUCAAAAACUGUUUGCAGUGAUACGAGAAGUAAAAGAGACACAGAAUCAAAAAUUAGCAAAAGAAAGCUACGUACACAUUUUAGGGACCAGAGCUUACCACAUCAUGAACUCAGUGAAAAGAAGAGGAGGCUAAUCAAGCAAGACUCAUCUGAAUGUUUUUCUUCAUUAUCUGAAGGACGAAUUAAAACCUUUUCACAGUCAGAAAAACACAUUCGAAGUGUCCUGGACAUUCUAAAUAGUGAAGUAUCUCUAUGCAAAAGCAAAUGUCUUUCCAAAAAACUUGACAGUGCUCUUCUUUACUUAAAAAAAGCUCACAGAAGAGUUAACACAUCUUUGGAACUUAUAGCUAAAGUGGGAGAAACAAGAAAGGGUCCAUUACCAAAAUCAUAUGAAAUAAUAUGCAAUAAUUUCUGGGAAAUUUGUGACCUUCAAGGUUAUGGUUCUGUUUCUGAAAGAAGAUAUUACUCCACUAAGCAUUUUUUUCCAAAAAGAAAAUAUGACAAAUCAGGAGAGAAAAGAGCUUUGGGAUUUGAAAUUAAUAAAUCAUUAACUCAUGUAUCAAAGUGCCAAUUUGAUAGAACAAGUGAAGAGAAAACCAGAAAGUGCUUUUCUAAGAAAAAUGUGGCCAACAGUGUCUCCAGGAGCCACAGCACCAUUCACAUGGGAGAAUUUUGUGAUCAAGAAUAUCCUGAAUCACAGUUAACUCCGGGCUCCACAUCCCAAAGUACAAGUCAGUCAACUUAUAACAAUAUCUAUAUGAAAAAUCCAGAAUCCUUAGAACUUCAACCCUUUUCUGGAAAAAUGGGGUGUCUGUUUUCUCCAGAUUGCCCAGAUAAAAAACUAACUAAAAAAGAACAUCAAGUUGAUGUAAAGUCUUUAUCUAACAAUAAAUAUGAAAAGCCUGAGAACCAUUUAGCACAUAAUAAUGAAGAUACAGUAAAAGAAAGUGCUGAGGCUGCUGAAGUAAUAAAUAAAACUAAUUCAGUAUCUUUAAGUUGCAUAAAAGAAAACAAUGUAAGUUUUAGCACAGACGAAAAUUAUGAUGCAACUUGUAUAGCUCACACACAAGUGAAAACUGACAUAGUUAUUUCAGUCUUAGAAUCAGAUGUGAAGCACUUUUUGAAUGUUGAUAACUACAAACCAGAUAACCUUAUUUCACCUGGUUAUAAAAGAAACCUGGAAGUAAAUUUUCUAGAAAAAUGGACAUCUCCCAGUAAAAACUCCAUUCCAGGCACUAUCACAAGAAAUGUCCAUUUGGACCCAUUACCUCAAACUCUGAUAACAAGCAAAAAGUGUAAUAUUCUUCCUCAAUUAGCAGCUGCUCCAGUGACAGAUAAUGAGAGAGAAUCUAAAAAAACAUAUUUGGAUGAACAGAGAGCUUUUGCUAUAGAUUCUUUUUCAACAUGCACCAAUGUUCCACACUGUCAGCAAGAAUGUAAUAGAAAGAAGCUUCUAAAGACAGAACAAUGGUAUCCAAGUAGUUGUGUCCAGAUAGACAGGAAUGAAACACAUGUUAUUGAGAAUUCUGAGUUGGAUCUCAUACCAGUAACUGAAGAAAGUAAAAGUUACAGGGAAAAUACAAUGAAGAGACUUUUUUUUAGUGAUAGUUCUCUGCUCUUAAAAGAUGAUAUAAAGGGUUCUUCAAAACAAUGUACUUCAAAGAAAAACAUUCCGGACAGAAAAAUGUGGAAAAUUAAACAAACUGAAAAAGCCAAAGAUUCGGUUCACAAAAAAAGCAUGACCAAAAGAUCAACUGUUAAGAAUGAGUACAGAAAUCAAAAGAAUAAAACUUUAGCAGAUGACGCCUGCGUAAGUGAGAAAACAAUUAAAAAUAACUUGAUUGAUUCUCAUCAAAGCAUUAAGAAUACUGAGGCAAUCUCUUUGAAUAACGCAGUUUCUAAUCAGCUUAAUGAUAGAAAGAAAGAGGGGCAAGUUAAAGUUAGUGUUAACUCUCAGUCUGAUUCUACCUUGCAUGCAGAACUAGCCUGUAAUUGCAAACCAGACAUAUUAGGAGUUAAUCAUAUGCCUUUUUUACGUGCUCACUCUGAAACCUCCAAAGUCUCUACUCCUCAGAAGAAUCCUACAUCGUGCAUGAAUAAAUUAAAAGAAACACAUUGCUCAGCUGAUGAUUCAGGUCUUACAGCUAGGCUUGCUCAAAUUUUGAGGAGGGCAGAUGAAGCAUCAUCUUUGCAGAAACUACAGGAAGAAACUAAGGUUUGUCAAAGUAUUCUUCCAUUAUUUGUUGAAGCUUUUGAAAAAAAACAAGAAUGUUCGCUUGAGCAAAUCUUGAUUUCAAGAGACCUCUUGGUAGAAAAAAACCUGUGGAGUAAUUGCAAACACAAAUUAAAACCAUGUGCUGUUGACUCCUUGGUAGAACUCCAAAUGAUGAUGGAAACUAUUCAAUUCAUUGAAAACAAAAAAAGGCUCUUAGGAGGUGAACCGACAUUCCGAAGCUUGCUUUGGUAUGAUGAGACAUUGUACAGUGAGCUGCUUGGCAGGCCACGUGGAUUUCAACAACAAUCCAAUUUCUAUCCUGCUUUUCAAGGAAGGCUUAAAUAUAAUGCAUUCUGUGAGUUGCAGAACUACCACGAUCAAUUAAUUGAAUUAUUAGGAGACACCAAAAAGGAAAACAAUUCAUACUAUGCAUUCUUAAAAUGCAAACGACAGAUUAAAGAGUGUGAAGCAAUAUUGAGGCAUUGUUCUGAUUGUUUUGACUUUACUCUUUCUGUUCCAUUUACCUGUGGGGUUAACUUUGGAGAUAGUUUAGGAGACCUAGAAACCUUAAGAAAAAGUACUUUAAAGCUAAUCAGUAUGUAUGGGGACUCUCCUAAAGUUGAUUCCUAUCCAGGAAAACGAGACCAUUUGUGGAUUAUCAUUGAAAUGAUCUCCUCAAAAGUUAAUUUCAUCAAGAGCAGUGAGGCAGUAGGUAUCAAUAUAUCUCUUUUUGGUCUGGAACAUAUCUUUUUUGAUGCUGCAAAAAGUCUUGUUUGGAAAGAGAAGAAACAAUCUUUCAGCAAAAAAUACUCAGGACAGAAGAACAAAGGAACACUACUCAAAAUGAAUCAACAUUCUUUUUCUAAAUUGCAAGAGAUAUAUGAUACAUUGUCUAAAGAUUUAAGUAGUGAACAAAUUUCCAAUAUUGGGUUUGAGGAGAAUACUAUGAUGACUUCCAGGAAGUUAGAUGAUCUAAUAAACAAAGGAAAAAUUAACAUAGAAAACUGUAGGCUUAACAGUACUUCAGUUUUACACCCAGAUAUCUGUUGUAUUAGUGAAAUAUUGGACCAAGCUAAAUUUGCAGACUUUAAAAAGUUACAGGAACUCACUUUGAGAUGUACUGAACACUUAGAAGUUUUAAAAAAAUGCUUCCAGAUGCUGCAAGAAGAUAACAGGGAUGAUAUUUUUAUCACAGAAGAAAACGUUUUGGAUGUGAUUGAAAACCACAACUGUGAGGCAAUAAUUUUAAAACCUGCAGCCACUGAAACCUAUAUUGAAAUAGCCAUGCUCUCAGAAACAGUUCACUUCCUUAAAAACUCAAUGGCAAAGAAACUAGAUAAACAAAGAUUUCGAGGUAUGCUUUGGUUUGAUAUGUCACUUCUUCCUGAACUUGUUCGCUGCCAAGAAAAAAUGGCUUCUUUUUCAUUUCUUAAAGAUAACUCAACAGAUCAUCUUUGGAAAGUGAUAGAGACUGCUAUUUCUGAACUUAAGAAAGAUUUGGAUAUUACCUACAAAUAUAAUGAAGCUAUUAAUUGCUCAUAUGCUCUUCAUUUGUUCUCAAGAGAACUUGAAGAACUUUCAGAAAUUAAGAAACUUCUAAAGAAGUCUAAGUAUUCCAUUUCCACAUAUAUUGACUUUGUGCCAUGUAUAGCAUCUAUAAAUUAUGGAAGCACUAUGACACAGUUAGAAUACAACUACAAUCAGUUUUCUACACUGCUCAAAAAUUUAUUGGCUGCCUCACAGAAAGAUUUAGGAAAAAUGGCCCAUACUGUGAAAGUCAUGAAAACUAUUGAACAUAUGAAGAUAAUAUGUGCGAAGAAUGCUGAAUUAACCCUUUCCUUCAUCCUGUGCCAAAUGCUGCAUAACAGAGAGAACACUUGUCAAGUAAAGAGAGACGAAAAAAUGAAUGUUCAUGUAAAACCUAGGAGGAAUAUCAAUAAAUCCAGUACUUGUAUGACAGUACCCUCAAUUUCAGAGCGCAUGAUAAAAAAUGUUUCAAAUUCUUCUAGAAAACGACGUAUCACUGUAGACAAAUGUCAAGACUCUCAGGAACAAGACAAAAACACUACUGUUUCCAGUUGUAAAAAACAAAAGGUUAACGAAAAAGGAGUCACAAAAAUCAACAGAGAAAAGGCAGUGUUCAAGCAUCCAAGGACCACAAGAUCUCAUCCAGAAAGUGAAAGCGAAAUAGGACCAAGUUCAUCUGGCAAUCUGAAAAGAAACUAUGGAUCUCCAAAAAAGGUUGAAAUGCAAAGAUCACUACCUGUCUCACCUUUACCUUUAAAGAACCUAAAAGACACUUGCAUGUUGAAGUCAGAGGGAAAAAAUGAUUUAACCAAUAUUUCAUCUAAUACUUCAGAAGAAUUCACUGGACAUCAGGAAAAGGUAAAUAGCAUGAAGAAAAGAAAUGUGAAUUUUAGUACUGCUGAAACAAAAAGUGAUAAGAAAGAUUGUUCUUCUUUUGCAUUUUGUGACCAAAAAAGUGUACAUGGAACCUUUUCAAAAGACCAUGAAACACCUUCACAGAAGAAACUUCUUAACAAUUCCCCAGAUCCCUCAGACAUAAAAUCAGGAACUGAUGCUACUUUUCUGUCUAAUGCAUUAGUGCCCUCAAAGCCUAUUUUCUGUCUUGUGAGUGAUAUCCAUGCCAAUUUAGAAAUGAAUGGCACUGUCUUUGAACUUCAAGAUAAUGAAAUAGUAAACUCAUCUAUUAAAAAUUCUACAGGCACUAAAUCUCCAGAACCCAUAUUUAUCCAGAACAAAAUACCUCUUCAACAAAUAAGUGAAACACAACCUGCAAAAACUGAGUCAAAAGAAAAAUCUAUGAAGGAUACAUUGAAUCCCAGCACUGUACCUGUUGAAACAUCUGAGAACAUAACCCUUAAUGUCAAUCAAACAGCAGAACAAAAGAAUAAUAAAAAUUCUUCUUCUGAACAAAAGAAGAAUAAAAAUUCUAAAGUCCUAACUCAGAAUGCUGCCACACAUUGGAAUGAGCUUCCACAGGCUGCAUGUACCCCAAUAUAUAAUUCUUCUGAACACUCAUUUGGAACUCUCUCUCCUUCCUGUGCUUGGUAUGUUUAUCAUUACAGCAGUAGCAAUGGCAGUUUCAUUACCCAGACAUACCAAGGCAUAACAUCAUUUGAAGUACAGCCACCUUCUUCUGAGAUCUUGACUGCAGUUCCAAGCACUGUCCAAAAUGUACAUUCUAAUCUUUUACUGUCUCAGUAUUUUGGUUACUUCCCUGGGGAGCCACGAGCAUAUGGCCUUAUGCCAGCAAAUAGGUAUUUUCCAUCUCAGAUGCCUGUUUCUUCCAAUGUUCAGCAGCCAGCUUUUUCCCAGUGUGCUUCCUAUCAGCUGCUACCACAAGCUGCAUACCCUUACCCUCCUGAUUUAGGUGUGCUUCCACAAGUUCUUUGGACUUAUGUUCCAUGGCAACAUCAAGAGCUCUUUCAUCCAGGACGGUGA